UGGAGAACAAGAGCCAGAUUCCACCAGCCUGGGGAACAGCUGGCUGGUCUCCAACCUCACCAAUUGUUCUUCAGGGCUCGAUCCUGUCUGCUCAGAAUCUGUGAUGGAAGCAGCUCAGAGCAGCCGUUUCUGUGGACUCAUUACAGAUGCCACGGGGCCAUUCAGGCAUUGCUAUGGCACUUUGGACCCAACAGGACAUUUCACUAGCUGUGUUUAUGAUCAGUGUGCUCUGCCCCAGGAUCCUGGAUCCCUUUGCAGGAACCUACAAUCUUAUGCAGAUGCCUGCAAGUCCCACGGCAUUCAUGUCGAACUCUGGAGGAAUGCCACCUUCUGCCCCAUCUCCUGUGCACCCAAUAGCCACUACGAGCCAUGUGCCAAUGCCUGUCCUGGUACCUGUGUGGAUCCGACAGCUCCUGGCACCUGCAGCCUUCCAUGUACAGAGGCCUGUGUCUGUGACAGUGGGUUCCUCCUCCACAGUGGCACCUGUGUGCCCAGCCAUCAGUGUGGAUGCUGGGAGAAGGGCAAGCACUACCCUGUGGGCACUGAGUUUUGGACAGACAACACCUGCUCUUCCAAAUGUGUGUGCCCCAGGCGAGGAGGGCGGCUAGAGUGCCCCAGUGCACACUGCCCGAAGGACUAUUUCUGCGGAGUUCAAAAUGGGAUGCCAGGCUGCUACCCUCACACCUAUGGGGUCUGCCGAGUCCACAAUGACCCCCAUUACAACACCUUUGACAAAGCCACCCAUCACUUCAUGGGCAACUGCACCUACACGCUGGCCAGGUUGUGCACCAACACUGCAGGGUUGCCUUUCUUCAACAUUGAAACAAAGAAUGAGCACCGUGGUGGGAACCCAUCUGUCUCCUAUGUUCAGAGAGUCCUGGUAGAGGUUUAUGGGCAGCAGAUCGAAAUAGUAAAAAAUGACCAUAGCCAUGUGCUGGUGAACAAAGUCCUAACAACACUUCCAGUGCACAGGCUGAAUGGUUCCAUCAGUGUGGAAAGGAAUGGGAGAUACAUACGGCUGGAGACGGAUUUCCGCCUGUCUGUCUCCUAUGACGCUGACCACUCAGUAGAAAUCUGGGUGCCCACCAGCUAUUUCAACCAGACCUGUGGUAUGUGUGGGAACUUCAAUGAUCACAAGGAGGAUGACCACAUGAUGCCCAAUGGAGAGCAAGCCAGGAGUUCCACUGAACUGGGAAAUAGCUGGCAGGUUCCAAAUGCAGAAUAUGACCGCCCAUCUUGCGGUGCUCCAAAUCCAAAUGUCUCCCAUUGCCCUCCAGAAGAAGAGGAUCUUUACAGCUCAGAGGCCUUCUGUGGGCUUCUGACUAGCAGCCAGGGACCUUUGGCAGCCUGCUUGUCCGUGAUCAACCCUGGGAGCUUCUUUGAGAGCUGUGUCUUUGACCUGUGUGCCUUGGGUGGAAGCCAGCAACUGCUCUGCAGUGCACUGGAGGCCUACGCAGACACCUGCCAAAGAGCCAGCGUGGACCUCCCCAGCUGGAGAAAUGCCACUUUCUGCCCACUCGCCUGCCCUCCUGACAUGCACUAUGACCCAUGUUCCACUGGCUGCCCUGCCACAUGCUUCAAACAAUGGGUCCCUGAGAACUGCACUCAGCCCUGCGUGGAAGGUUGCGUUUGCAACUCUGGGUUGGUGCUUAGCGGUGGAGACUGUGUGCCUGUAUCGAGAUGUGGUUGCAUGUACGCCGGCCAGUACUACAGUGAGGGAGAGAGCUUUGUAACUGAGGACUGCACAAAGCAUUGUGUGUGCCAAGGGAAUAGCAACAUGAUGUGCAUGGCCAUAUCCUGUAGCCCUGAGGAGGUCUGCAAGGUCCAGAAUGGCUUGAGGGGCUGCUACCCAGCCUCCAGAGCUACCUGCCACAUCUAUGGGGACCCCCACUACUACACCUUUGAUGGACGGCUGCACCACUUCCAAGGAUCCUGCAAUUAUACUUUGGUCCAAACCUGCAACAACCACAGCGCCUCCCCAUUCAGCAUCACUGCCCGGAACGAACACCGAGGCAGCCCCACCUGGACAGCCCUUAACUCCAUCGCCAUCACCCUGAAGGGUUUACACAUUGCUCUGCGGAAGGGCAAGGCCGUCUAUAUCAAUGGUGUUUUGACCAAGCCUGUGACAACCCGUCUCCCAGAUGCCACCAUUGAAUAUAUUGGGUCUUAUGUGCAUGUCAUGACAAAUGUGGGGGUACAAAUUCAGUUUGAUGGAGACCAGGACCUCCUGAUUGAUGUUAUGGAGAACCACCAAGGCAAGGUCUGUGGGCUGUGUGGGACUUACACUGGUGACCCACAGGAUGAUUUUUCCACCCCUGCUGGUGUGAUUGUGGAGGACGUCAAUGUCUUUGGAAACAGCUGGAGAGUCUCAGAUGACCAGUGGAAAUGCAACUCCACAAUUGUUGUUCCUGUGCCUUGCCCUCCAUCUGAGCAGCAAGCGGCUGCAGCACAAUGCCAAGCCCUCUUAGCUGGAGACGGUCCGUUCUCGCCAUGCCAUUUUGCCGUCCCUCCUCAGCCAUAUUUCGACAGCUGCACCUAUGACCUUUGUACCACCGGAGGAAACUCUGCCCAGUUCUGCAAUGUGCUGCGGUCUUAUGCGGCUGCUUGUCAGUCAACUGGAAUAGUCCUGGGGGACUGGGAAGCGGAGGUCGGCUGCGGAUUCUGCUUCUUCAACUGCACCUUUGACAAAGACUUUUGCGAAUGGCAGCAGUCCACGGAGGACGACUUUGACUGGAGUCACAUGGAGCAUUGUGCCCAGAAUGGUUCAGAUGAUAUCAAGAGUCCCUGCAACUCCUCGGGAAAUUAUUAUAUCUAUGCUGAUAGCACCUUCACUCACAUGGGAGAGAUGGGUCAGCUGGUUAGCCCAGAAUGCACAGCGCCUGGACCAUCUUGUUUCCAUUUCUGGUACCGCAUGGAGAGAGCUUCCAAGGAGGAGUCUCUGAGGGUCUACUUGGUUCAGGAAGAAGAACGCGAACCCCUCCUGGUUUGGCUUACAGCUGGCAGCAAGGGAGGGACAUGGCUCCAAGCAGAGUUGGAUCUACACAUCUCUGGCAGGUUCCAGAUCAUCCUGGAAGGUGUGACCAGUGCAGGCCAUCAUGCAAACCUGGCAGUGGAUGAUGUCUCCCUUAACCCCGGUUGCUGCCUUGGGGAGACCCCUACACCUGAGGAGCCCACAACCUCAGGCCCGCAUCCUCCGACCGAUGGCACCUCUAAGUCUUCUCCAAUGCCCCAGGCUUCAACCAGUUCCUUGCCUUCAGAGCCAACAUCCUCAGCAGUGGCUGAUCCUCCUUUCACAGACUAUACCACUACUGGUCAAGGGGCUUCUUCAGAGCCACAGUCAACUCAGUUCCCUGAAACAGAUGAUCCCACUGAGCUAGCUACUUCAAGCUGUGUGACGGCUGGUCAAGGAACCUCUUCAGAGCCAAAAUCAACUCUUUCCCAUGGAACAUCUCCUUCUUUAGAAGCAGCUCCUUCCAGCUCACCUCCUUUAAAUGACCACACAACUGCAACUUCUCCAGUGCCCUCGGCACCAACCAGUUCAUUGCCUUCAGUAACGACAUCCAGGCCUCCAACCACAAUCAGGACUCUUCCACCACUCACAGGAAGAAGUCUGGAGUCACUGCGCCAAGUGAACCUGAUUAUUGGAGAUUUUGAGUAA